AGCCUCUGCUGCAUGAGAAAGACAACUUCAAUUGCAUCAAAGAAUUUACCACUAUUUUGUGGAAUUACUCACCUCUGUUCCACUGAGAAGCUUUAUCACUCCAUUUCCUUCCAAAACCAGCAUCUUCAUCAACAUUUAUAUGGAGAAAAUGUCACACACCGGAGACUCAUUGACCUACUUCAAGAACCCACAAGGGUUCAAUCAGUCAACACAAUCAAAGCCUUCCAUGCACUCACAAUUACAAUGGGUCCAAACCCUACAGACCCCAUUGUUCUUUACAAUAAUAUCAUCUCAAAGUACGCCUCUUUGGGUGAAGUUGUUACAGCUCGUAAAUUGUUCGACAAAAUGCCGCAAAGAAAUGUUGUGUCGUAUAAUACUAUGAUCAAAGCUUAUAAUCGAAAUGGUAUUUUGGAGGAAGCCUGGAAGUUGUUCUGUGAGCUGAGAAUUUUAGGAUUGAAGCCUACACAAUUCACAUUUGGCGGCAUUUUGUCUUCUGCUUUGAUGAAUCUUGUUCAAGGGUUUCAACUGUUGGCAUUGAUUGUAAAGAGUGGAUUUUUACAUGCUGAUGCAAUUGUUGGUACUGCAUUAUUGGGUGUGUUUGGGAGUCAUGGAUGUUUAGAUGAAGUCACUCGGGUUUUAGAGGACAUGACCAUAAAGAACUUGGUGACAUGGAAUUGUAUGAUAUCUCUGUUUGGGCAGCAAGGAUUUGUUACAGAAUCAACUGAGAUGUUCCUUGAACUCUUGAGAAGUGGAGUGGAAUUGUCUCAAUCAACUUUUGUAGGUGUUUUAGCUGGUUUUACUGGGGAAUUUGACUUGGAACUGGGAGAGCAAAUACAUGGCUUAGUGGUCAAGUAUGGGUUUGAAGACUCAGUUUCAGUGGCUAAUUCUUUGAUUAAUAUGUAUGCCAAGUGUGGGGAGAUGUGCUCAGCGGAGAAAAUGUUUGAGGAGAAUGAUGUUAAGGAUGUUGUAUCAUGGAACACUAUCAUUGGAGCAAUGACAAAAAGUGAUAUGCCAGAUAAAGCAUUUUCAAUCUUUUUGCAAAUGUGUGGAAAUGAAACCUUUCCUAACCAGACGACAUUUGUGAGUGUUCUACACUCCUGCCUUUGCCUGAAGGACCCAUCAUAUGGCAAAUGUAUUCAUGCUAGGAUAAUCAAGAGAAAUUUGGAAUCUGACGUAUAUGUUGGCAGUGCGUUGAUUGACUUCUAUGCAAAACAUGACAUAUUGGAAAUUGCCCUUCUUUGUUUUGACAAAAUAUCUCAUAAGAAUUUGGUUUGUUGGAACUCUUUGAUGGCGGCUUAUUCAAAUAGAAACUCUUCUGUUGCCCUUCUGCUACUCCGAGAAAUGUUUCACUGCAGCUAUCGCCCUAAUGAGUUUUCUUUUUCUAGUGUUGUUAAAUCAUCUGUAGCCCUAGAGGUGCAGCAGCUUCAUUCACUCAUACUAAAGAUGGGCUAUCAUGAUAAUGAGUACGUAUCCAGCUCUCUUAUCUGCUCAUAUGCCAAAAAUGGAUUUAUAGAUGAUGCCUUGAAAUUUGUGGAUGCUAAGAGUACACCAAUUUCUGUAGUCACGUCCAAUGCGAUUGCUGGUAUUUAUAACAGAACCAGGCAGUAUGAAAAGACUCAAGAACUAUAUUCUGCACUUGAGGAACCUGAUAUUGUGUCUUGGAACAUCUUAAUUGCAGCUUGUUCUCGAAAUGGUGAUUAUAGAGAAACUUUUGAUCUUUUUGAUCAUAUGCAGAGAGCUAAGAUAAGACCAGACAAUUACACUUAUGCUAGCCUCUUUAAUAUCUGUACCAAACUUUGCAACCUUGCUUUGGGAAGGUCUCUUCAUGGUCUGGUUUUUAAGACUGAUAUUAAAUGCUGUGACACGUUUGUCUGCAAUGUCAUGAUUGAUAUGUAUGGAAAAUGUGGAAGCCUGGAGUGUUCAUUUAAGAUUUUUAAUGAAAUGACAAACAGGAAUGUUAUUACAUGGACUGCUAUUAUUUCAGCCCUUGGAUUACAUGGUCAUGCUCAUGAAGCACUACAAAAGUUCAAGGAGAUGGAGGCGGAGGGCUUCCUGCCAGAUAAGGUUGCUUUAAUUGCUGUUAUUUCAGCAUGCAGGCAUGUGGGAUUAGUAAAAGAGGGGUUGGAAUUAUUUGAGAAAAUGAAACUGGAGUAUGGAGUUGAACCAGAAAUGGAUCACUACCUCCUGGCCGUUGACUUAUUGGCUAGAUAUGGCAAUCUAAGAGAAGCUGAAGAGUUAAUUGCUGGGAUGCCCUUCCCGCCAAAUGCACUUGUUUGGCGUAGCUUUCUUGAAGGCUGCAAGAGAAAAAGAACCACACAUAAUGUGGCCCUUCUCAUGUAAAUAGCCUUGAGCAAAUGAGUUGACAUUCUACUCUGCUUACACAGAGAUCAGUGUGAGGUAAUUGUAUUAGCAUGCAAGAGGUUGUUUAUAGAAGUCUUGAAGUACUUCAAUAUCACAAAUGGGUCUAAAAUUAUACAAGUCAAAGAUAAUGAGCGUAAAUCCAUAUAUUGGUGAAAUUGAUCUGCCCUCUUCUGGUUGACAGAUUUGACUUUUCUUUAGUUUGUGUCACUGUGUUCCUUUCAGAAUUUGAUCCUUCAGUAAUGAAGUUAGAAGCAAAAUAAGGCUUUGAUC